AUGUCGAUUAGUUCUAUUGAACAUUUGUCCAACGAAAUUUUUUAUGAAAUAUUCGAUUAUAUUGAUGGUAUUGAUAUAUAUGAAGCAUUUUCAAAUCUUAAUUCUCAUUUUCAACAACUUCUCAAUUCAUCAUCUCUUUCAUUGAAAAUUAAACUUCGAUCUUCAACAUUGAAUCAAAUAUUUAUGAAAAAUUAUCAACAAAUUCUUCUUCACAAUAAAUCUCAAAUAUUUUCCAUUAAUGUCUGGUUAUCUACAUUAAACAAUCAAUUUUUCACAUUAUUUCCUAUCGAUUUAUCAUUUAAUCAUCUCAAAUCACUGAUUAUUGAAGGACUUGAACCAAAUAUACUUAACUCAUUUCUCACUAAUUUAGCUUAUUUACCAUGUCUUUCUUCGUUAACUAUUAAGAGAUGGAAUCGUUUUACAAAUCUAAAUGGUAUUUAUCAAUUAGUGUUUGCUUUACCGACAUUAAGAUAUAAUAAGUUCUCUUUAAAUGAUAACAAAAGUUCAAUCUCACUUCCAACGGCUACUAAUAAUAAACAAUUGAGUACUAUCGAACAUCUUAUUAUUAAUCAUUCUUGUAAAUUCAAUGAGCUUUUUGCUAUAUUAUCUUAUACAUCUCAACUUCAUCGUCUCCAUUUUCGUGAUACUGAUGAUGAUGAUACUAAUAUUGGAGUUAUGUUACCAAUAACACUAUUAAAUUUUACACAUCUUUCUCUACGUAUAUACUCCACGACAUUUGAUAAUUUUGAAAUAUUUAUUCGAAAAAUACAUUCGAAAUUAAAAUUUUUACAUGUUAUUAUACGAUCGGAUAAUAUUGAUUAUCUUGAUGCUAAUAGAUGGCAACAAUUAAUUUUACAAUAUUUACCUCAAUUAGAAAAAUUUUAUUUCGAUUAUUAUAUAGUGUUUGAAGAUGAUAUUGAACCUUCAAUAUAUAUUGGAGAAUCUAAUCAAUUUUCUUCAUCAUUUUGGAUUGAUCGACAAUGGAUAUUUGAAAGUAAAAUUCGUAUGUAUGAAAUUAUAUAUUCAAUUCGUCCUUAUACAAAAAAAUGGUACGAAUAUGUACAACAUGAAAUUGUUAAUUCAUCAAUUCAACUUUUUCAAUCGGCUCAACUUGAACUUACCUUUAUUUUUUAUGGUGCAGAGUUGAAAUUCUUAAUUUCAAAUAUUAAUUUAGUUUUAACUGUAGCAGAUAUUUAUCAUUUGAAUAUUUCCGAUAGAACGAUCUCUGUUGGUGUAUUAAUUCAAAUCAUCUAUUUCUUACCUAAACUUAUUUCAUUAAAAAUUUGUUCGUUAUCAUUUUCACAAUCACGAAAUUUAUCGAAAAAACAAAUUGAAAGAUUUUUACAAAUAUCAGAAAGAAGUAAAAUUACAAAAGUUUAUUUUGAAACGACAAAUGAUAUCGAAGAAGUUUAUUUUCUCAUGCUACUUUGUCCUCAUAUGAAUUAUCUUCAAAUAAAUUCUAUUAAUAAUAUUAAUAUCAAAUUAUUUAUACGAAAUAUUUUAAUCAAAAUUAAUAAUGAUUGUAAUGAAUAUCUUCGUUUAUUAUUUAUUCAUAUUCCAACAGCAGAUAAUCAAAUGAUUAUAGAAUUGAAAAAAAUGAUUAGUAUGAAGAAAUUACUUGUGGAUUAUGAAAUAAAACGUGUAGUUGAUCAUAUCUACUUACAAUGGAGAUAA